AUGAUCUUCGAAGUUCCACUUCCUCACUUUCCGCCAGAUGCGCCGAAAGCUAACAUCGGAUUCUCGGAUCGUCUCUACAACGUGGCGAUGGGAGCCAUGAACAAGGCGCUGUGCUCCGAUGAGAAGAUUGGUUAGUUAAAUUCAUAUUUUGUCCGUCUAAUUCGAGUUUUGUAGGAGUCAAUGUUGGAAGCUCCGUGAGCAACGAGACAAACAUCCGCAACAUCGUUGCUUUUAACGAGAUGCCAACUGCUAAUCUUCCGACUACUCCGGCUGCUGUCAACUUCACUACGUCCCAAAAACUCGUCGCCUCUGUUGCUAACUUUUUCACACGUGGCUGA